GGAGAACUGAAAGCGAGGGCUCAGCACUGACAUGCGACUAUAAUUUUGGAUUAGGUUUCUGUCCAACCCUAGUGUCCCCUGUCGACAGUAUCUGCUUUUUUUAGUCGUGUUCAUAUCGCCUUGGCUCUCCGUUAACGCCGUUCCAGCUCGUUUCCUGACGUAGAGUCGUCUUCUUGUGGUACGAAAAACACUCUCCUCCGUGGUUUUCAAUCGGGACAAGAUGGCCUCAUCAGACUCUCCAACCCAGCACACUGCUGGAGGACGCAAGCGACCCGGGUCGCCGCGUCGGGAUGGCGAUGCUUCAGCCAAACGCCCGAAAGCGCAGCCAAAAAAGGGGUUAUUGUCCUCCGCAUCAGGCAGGACGAAUUCUCCUCGGAAUAGAGGAGACGAAGAGGCGGUGCGAUUACGUAUCGGUGACACACUCCUCUUGCCCGUGAGUAGUCCAGUCUUUCACCCAGUACGACGAGCGCAGGAGGAAAUAAGGAAGCUCGAAGACCAGUGCGUGUCGGACCAGAUCGUCAUUCAAAAGAUUAUGUUGACAUUGAAUUCAUACAUCUGUAUGUUUUAACUACUUAAUUGUUCUUGAAACCUUCUCUUACUCAAAUUUAAGGUUGAAGAUUUUUGUCAGGUUCAGAAAAAGGAAAGUGAUGUAUCUAUCCCAUUCCGAGUAUCUGAAAUCUCUAAGGCCCGUUACGAUCAGAUGAAGCAGCCUUGUUUUGAUCGACGGACGCGGAUUCUGCGAAAGAUUCCUUAUUUUUGGUCAAAUGUGGUAGCGCGUGUGAUUGACCCGGACUUUAGCGGUGUCGCAGCUUUUAUUGCUCUAAGGAACAGCAAUAGUGCUUCUUCCAGUUCCCCCUUUGGUGCAGCGGCCAAUGGCACUCCUGGCCCCUCUGCUGCCACUGCCAUUAGUACCGGUAAAGGACAUCUGCACCAGGAUGAACAGCCUAUGUUGAGAGGAGGAGGAGGCUCGUCUUCGUCGUCUAGCGGGUUGGCAAGGUUGUCACAGGGAAGCGAUCCAUCAUCCAGCGCGGAACCUGGAUCUUCGGCAAUAAAUGCCUCAACGGCGAGCAAUGGGCAUGAAGCGGUCACAGGAUCAGCCGGUUUUGCUGCUGGUGGAGAAAGAGGGAGGAAUAGGAACGCAGGUGCCGGCAGUGAGGGUGGUUUUUUCUCGUUUUUCAGUAACAUGUUCUUCAGAAGACCAGGUAGCCUCUCUGCACCAGCAGGAGGUGCACCUACGACAGAGGCGAACGGAGGAUUACAUGGCGGACCGCAAUCACGGACUCCAUCUGUCACCGGAGAUGGCCGUGACUCCGACCCAACGUUAGUAACUGUUGCUCGCAGUACUUCCAACAAGGUCCUCGUAUCGCAGACGAAGAAGCACGGGAGUUCCAGCAAAGGAGGUUCGUCUUUAUCUAUAGUUCCUUCCUCAUCGGGUAAUUUCUGCAAAGGAACGCUGUUUUUGAGCGGAUUGGUCGACGUGCAGCUUGCGGAUAAUCUCGACGCCUUUGGGUCACACCGCUUCGCCUUCGCGUUUUCGGAACUUUUUGGCUGUAUCGAUGUGCGAAUUGUAAAAAGCGUCAACAGUGGGACGCACGCAGUCACCGUCGACUGCAAUCAAGGGCAUGUGAAACGCUUGUACCAGGAAGUUUUCGAGCCCGGGGUGGGUGGAAUGUCAUCGAAGGGAGGUAAGAAUAGCAGCGCUAAAGGCGCAGGUGGAGCUGCUGGUGCACCGGUACUACGAUCAGGUGCUGCAGAUCAUGACGCUUCAUCGAACGCAAACACAAAUGGCUUAGGUGCAGGUACUCGGACAAAUGCAGCGUUGGCGUCCGUAGUUGGAGUAGCACAGACAGCUGCUACUUCCGAUGGGAGCAGCUCGGCAUUGUCGUCCCAAUCGCGUGAUGGAGGGAACCAAGUCUUUGCAAGUCCAGAUGCAUUGCUAGUAGCAGACGGUGCCAACGCAAACUCACUAGCUGCAAAUGGGAAGACAUCCGCUCAAUUUGGCAGUACUACCUCCAGUUGUGGCAACAGCAAUGGUAGUCCAGAGUCAGGUGGAAGCAAGGGCGCCGGCAACGGGGUGCAGGAGGUAGAUCGCGUUUUCUUCGCCUGGCUGUUCUCGGAGAGGUACGAAGCAUACGACUUUGGGACCGCGUUUCGUCGCAUAGUGUGGCAGAACCCAUAUGCGUUCGUGGAGGACCUGCUAGCAGCGUGAACCCAAGAGUUAAGACUUUCAGGACUUCCUUAUCCUUUCCACCAGCUUCACCUUGGCUGCAUUCAAAAGAUUGAGAUUCAUCGGGAUGACCUUAUCUCAUAGGUUUUGAACUAGUGGUGGUGGUCACCCGCACCCUCAACAACAUUACGUGUUGGCUACUGUGAUCUCAUGUGAUCCACUCAUUAAGCUGGAGUGGAGGUGUGUGUGAGGCACAU